CCCUUAUCUUCUACUUGUGACGUCCCUUAUCAUCUACUCCUAUUUUAGAUCUACAGAAUAGGCAAAAGCUUUCAAAAACUCUCCUCUUUACAAAAAUGGUUGACUAUGAUAGAGCAAAAGAGCUCAAGGCCUUCGAUGACACAAAGGCCGGUGUAAAAGGAUUAGUCGAUGCAGGGAUAGUUCAUAUCCCUGAGUUCUUCAUUACACCGGCCGCAAAAGAUGAAUUCAGUCCUAAGAAUCUUGAUUCAUCCUCAGACAUAAACAUUCAAAUCCCAGUUAUAGAUCUUACGGACAUAAAUGAAGAUGAUUUUCAACGUAGGAAAAUUGUUGAAAAAAUUGGAGAAGCGUGUGAGACUUGGGGAUUUUUUCAAGUUGUCAACCAUGGUGUGCCACAACAUGUUAUGGAUGAGAUGAUUCAAGCAGUUCGAAGUUUCAAUGAACAACCAAAUGAGAUAAAGAUGGAGUUUUACUCGAGGGAUAAUUUGAAGAAGGUGAAGUUUAAUAGUAACUUUGAUCUUUAUCAGUCUAAGGCUGCAAAUUGGAGGGAUACACUAGCUUGUGUCAUGGCUCCUAAUCCUCCAAGUAGUGAUGAAUUACCAGAAGCAUGCAGGGAGGAAUUACUUCAAUAUUCUGAGCAUAUUAGAAGGUUGGGCCACACAAUAUUUGAGUUACUGGCAGAGGCACUUGGGCUAAAGCCCAAUCACUUGUUGGACAUGGAGUGUGCAAAAGGCCAUUUCAUUCUGAGUCAUUAUUAUCCACCUUGUCCAGAGCCAAGCAAGACUCUUGGAAUUACAAAGCAUACGGACCCAGAUUUCUUCACUAUUCUUCUACAAGACCAAAUUGGUGGGCUUCAAAUUUAUCACCAAAAUCAAUGGAUUGAUAUUCAUCCAGUGACUGGAGCCCUAGUUGUCAAUCUUGGUGACCUUUUGCAGGUUCUUUCUCUACUAGAGGGACAACUUUUGUCCCCAAGCUUCUCUCAAAUGACAAGUUCAAAAGUGCUGAGCAUAGAGUACUGUCAAAACAUAUUGGGCCAAGGAUUUCAGUUGCAUGCUUUUUCACAACUCAAUUUCAGCCAUUUGAUAAUCUUUAUGGCCCAAUAAAGGAAUUAUUAUCAGAUGAAAAUCCUCCUUUGUACAAAAAAACCACAGUGAGAGAUUAUGUUUCCUAUUACAACUCCAAUGGACUUGGAGCUCGCCCUCCACUUCUCCAUUUAAGACUCUAGGAUUUUCAAAGUAGAUUAUGUAUGAUAUGCUUUGAAUACUGAAUCAUUUUUGAAUAAAAAAGAAGCUUGGAAAUA